AUGUACAUCUCUCCAUCUGAUGGAUGCCUCGCAACGCAAUCGAAGGAGUCGACCAUUUCUCCACCUGGAGGAUUUAUCGGUUGUAUUCGACGGCUCAAAGCUCCAUUCACACGGUCGAACUAUCCAAGCACCGUUACAUCAGGUCCCUUCGAGAACCUCAACGAGCUUUUGGCCACUUCUCGAACUAAUUUCGUCCUGCUUUGA